AUGUACGACGCAGGAUCAUCUGCUCGUGGUACUAUCCAUCGUCACCGUACCAGUCACUGGAUACCCGAGAGGUCAGUGAACCUGUUGGAAUCUAGAAGACACCUCCCGGCUGGCUCUGAACACAAUGUGACCAAACGGGCUAUCAGGCGUGAACUAAAGCAGAGCCUACGUGCUGACAAGGAAGUCUGGUGGACAAGUAGGGCUCAAGAAAUGGAGAAGGCAGGAGCAGUAGGCAAUUACCGCAAACUCUUCCAGCUAAUCCGCACCACUGGUCCCAGAAAACCAGACGUCAGUGAGACAAUCAGGGACAGAGCGGGUGCACUGAUACACAAUAAGGAGCGCCGUAUGACUCGUUGGGCGGAACGCUUAAAGCAUCAGUUCUGCUGGCCCCCUGCUCCCGGACCUCUUCCUACUCAGGUGAUGCAGGACGAGCAACGGACGGUUAGUUUAGAGCCUCCGUCUGAGUCCGCGGUCCGAAACGCGACCACAGCUCUUAAUCGUUUUCGUGCCGCUGGCCCGGAUUCCCUCCCACCUGCAAUAUUAAUUGAUGGAGGUGCAUAG